GUCUCUGUCGCCGUCACAGAGAAAAGAAGGUGAAUUCCAUGCGCUGCUCCGUGUUAUUGGACUAUGGAGAAUCGGUAUCCAUCCUGUUUUCAUUUGUAUUGUUUUAAUUUUAAGUCGCUGCCUACACUCCUUUUUGGCUUUUUUUGCCGUGAUUUCCCCCGCCUAGGUAACAGCGGCCUUAUACAGUGAACUCCGGCGGUUCACCCUUUUUUCUCCAGCUCCAGGGGAGAUUUCGCUUCUCAUGGGAAAUGGUAACAUGUUAUUUUGUAAAUGAGGAAUGGCGAUGAAACAGAAAACCAAAGUUCGUGUUCCGCGAAUGAGCAUAGCUGCAAGAGACAGCUCUGCCAAUUUCCAAACUUCAUGGGCUGUGCUGGCUGCUUCCAUUCGUGAAAUCCAUACAAAAAACGCCUCGCACCUAUCCUUCGAAGAAUUGUACCGAAAUGCAUACCAGCUCGUUCUUAUAAAAAAGGGUCUAGACCUCUACGAUCACGUAGUCGAACUGGAAAGGAACUGGCUUCAAAAUGAGGUGCUGGCAAAAGUUACCGCGGUUAUUGCCCCAUCGCUUGCUUUGGCAGGGGACACGGUAGACACCCUGGAUCAGACAAACGAAAGAAAAUUAGCUGGCGAACGCUUCUUGUUGAGGCUCAAAGAAGUCUGGGAAGAUCAUCAGCUUUGUAUGGGCAUGAUUACAGAUGUGCUUAUGUACUUGAAUAAAUUAAUCCUUCAGGAUAAACAACGCCCGUCGAUCUACUCCAUGGCAAUGUUAUUAUUCAGUGAUUACAUCCUGAAGGCAUAUGUCGGAGGUGAUAGACCGAUAACGGUUGCCGAGGUCUUUGAGGACACUGUUCUACUCAUGAUCCGUCUAGAACGAGAAGGAAAUAUUAUUGAUCGAGCUCUAAUACGGCAUUGCAUGUACAUUCUUGAAGGCCUGUAUGAAACAGACAAGGAAGAGGAGUCGGGGAAGCUUUAUGUUACUUCUUUUGAACCCGCUUUUCUGGAGUCGAGCCGACUUUUCUACCUCGCAGAAGGCCAGCACCUCCUCGCCACAGCAGACGCCUCCACUUUCUGUAAACGGGUAGCGGAAAGGCUACAAGAGGAGGAAGAUCGCUGUCGACACACGUUGUCUCCUAUGACAGAACACAAGAUCAAACAGGUUAUUGAUGAAAACUUGAUUGAACAACACAUCGGAGAUGUCAUGGCUUUGCCAGAUAGCGGGGUCAAAUACAUGCUAGACAACGAUCGAUUAGGAGACUUGAAAAACGUCUACGAGUUGAAUUCAAGGGUCGACGUCAAAAAACGGGCAUUGACAUCCGCUGUACAGGGUCGGAUUGCUGAACUAGGAUCAGAGAUAAAUAAAGCAGCCAAUGAAAUUCCCCAAGGGCCUCCACCGAUCCAAAAACCACCAGAACAAGCCCAAAAUGGAACCAAGGUUAAGGGCACUGAUGACAAGGGCCCAGUAAACCUGCAGACUGCAGCUGCAAUAAAAUGGGUAAAUGAUGUUCUGCAGUUGAAGGCCGUGUUUGAUAAAGUUUGGGAGCAGGCUUUCAUGCGGGAUCAAGCAAUGCAAACAUCUAUUACAACAAGCUUUGCUGAUUUUAUCAAUGUGAAUUCUCGAAGUUCGGAAUAUCUGUCACUGUUCUUUGAUGAAAAUUUGAAAAAAGGAAUUCGAGGUAAAACAGAGGAAGAAAUAGACACUCUUUUGGAGAAUGGAAUCACCCUACUCAGGUAUAUUCGCGACAAGGAUUGCUUCGAGAGCUAUUAUAAGAAACACCUUUCCCGGAGACUCCUCAUGAAGCGAUCCGCAAGCACAGAGGCAGAGCGGCAGAUGAUCGAAAAAAUGAAAAUGGAAGUCGGUAACACUUUUACUCAAAAAUUAGAAGCGAUGUUCAAGGAUAUGGAGCUGUCCAGUGGUCUCACAUCCAAGUAUGCGAACUAUGUAUCGCAACAAGGAGACCCGAAUCCAAAACGUAUUGACCUCGAAAUAAGCGUGCUCACAAGCACCAUGUGGCCGAUGGAAAUGGUUACCAGCUCCAAUAAAGACGGCACUCCUUCUGCUCAUUGCAAUUACCCGAAGCACAUCGAACAGCUCAAGCAAAGCUUCGAACAAUUCUACCUAGGACAACACAACGGACGCAAACUUUCAUGGCAGUCUGGUAUGGGUACUGCCGAUAUUCGUGCUACGUUUCCGCGACCCAAUGGGAAAGUCGCUCGUCACGAUUUGAAUGUAUCCACCUACGCUAUGGUCAUUCUCCUCCUCUUCAAUGAUCUACCUGCAGAUAAAUCUCUCACUUUCGAGGAAAUCCAAGCGCGGACAAAUAUCCCAACCAGCGAGCUCUCGAGAAACUUGCAAUCACUCGCUGUAGUGCGGAAAACUCAAGUUUUAAUGAAGGAACCUAUGAGUAAAGACGUGAAGCCGACAGACCGAUUCUUCUUCAACGAAAAAUUCCAAAGCCCGUAUACUAAAAUUAAGAUUGGUGUUGUCAGCAGUGCAGGCAACAAAGUUGAAAAUAAGGACGAGCGGCAGGAAACAGAAAAGAAGAUGAGUGAGGAGCGCGGUGGCAGCAUCGAAGCAGCAAUUGUUCGAAUUAUGAAACAAAGAAAAACGCUUUCUCACUCCCAAUUGAUGGCAGAAGUAAUCUCUCAGCUGGCCUCCCGGUUCAACCCCGAAGUGAACAUGGUCAAGAAGAGAAUCGAAAGUCUGAUCGACCGCGAAUACAUCGAUCGAAUUCCCGAUUCUGACCCACCAGCUUAUGUAUAUCACGCAUAGACAAGACAAUCACUUACGCUUACACACGCCGCGCGCGGAAGACGAAAGCGACACCUUUUUUUCACGUAGCUAGAUGACAUUAGAUGGCUCCCCCUACAUUUUCCCUCUAUUUUUCUUGAUUUCUGGGCUCCUUAUGGCUCCUUAUCCUUGCCUUACUCUCCUCUAGGUAUCCAGUUAGUUCUUUCGAAGCGAGCUUUUCCUCAUAGCUCAGCUCAGCGAUUUCCUUUCCAAGCUCAUUUUCUCAGCGACAUGCGCUCAUUUUCCAUUUCUUUCCUUGCUUCUCCGCCGGCUUUGGGUCACGUCGCCUGCGCUUACAAAUUGGAGCGGUAUCAUAUGGGAAAUUUGGAAAAGGAGCGAACAAUAUGGGUUUGCUGUCUUUAGCUCUUCUAUUUCCUUCCUGCACACCAUGAUGAGUUUACGGCAUGUACGAGAAGCGGACAUUGAAUACCAUAAUAUCUUAUCUUGGCGUGGAGUUCUUCAAUGGAUAUGUGGAAUACAUCGCGAAUUUUCGUUUCUCUCUGCUUUGAUAAUCUCCAGGUCUAGCUCUUGUAAUGUUUACUACCGCUUCCUGUUGCUAGAACUGGUGGUCACAUCGUCAGUGACCGUUAACUUAAUAUACGGUGACAAAACUCACCCUGAUGGAGGUAGAAGGUUGGUUCAUUGUAACUAUCUAGCGGGCGCAGCACUGCUUCAAUAGGUGUGGUCGCAUGGCCUUCUAGCGAGCGAUAAUGAUUCCAACACAUCCCCUUUUAUACCAG